AAACAAAGAAAGAAACAGCUAAUCUGUUCCAUCUCUUUCGCUCCUUCGGCCGCAAGCAAGUGCCGAAAUCUGCCGAAGUUCUUGCUUUAUGCAACUGAGCCAUUCAUAUUAGUAUUGUUUUUCCGUUUGCUGCCUGCUGAUAACAGUUUCUAGCCAAAAUCGGAAAAUAUUUUCAAUCCGACUCACCCUAGAGCUGUUGCCGCGCACCGUGCGAAUAAGUCAAGUGCAUUUCUACUACUAACUACUCACCGCUCGCAAGCAUCACCAUGGGUCGUAAGUUCUGCGUUGGAGGCAACUGGAAGAUGAAUGGCGACAAGGCCAGCGUCACCGAGCUGUGCAAAACGCUUUCCGCCGGUCCGCUCGAUCCCAACACGGAAGUUGUGGUCGGUUGCCCCGCACCCUACCUGUCGCUGGCCCGCUCCCUGCUGCCGGAAACGAUCGGUGUUGCCGCACAGAACUGCUACAAGGUGGCCAAGGGUGCGUUCACCGGAGAGAUUUCGCCGGCCAUGUUGAAGGAUCUCGGGCUCGGAUGGGUCAUUUUGGGCCACUCGGAGCGACGUGCCAUCUUCGGCGAAACGGACGAGCUGAUUGCGGAGAAGGUUGCCCAUGCCCUUGCCGAGGGGUUGAAGGUCAUCGCUUGCAUUGGUGAGACGCUGCAGGAGCGUGAAGCCGGCCAGACGGAGGCGGUUUGCUUCCGGCAGACGAAAGCCAUCGCCGCCCAGGUGAAGGACUGGAGCAAUGUGGUGAUUGCGUACGAGCCGGUGUGGGCCAUCGGUACCGGCAAGACGGCCACCCCAGAACAGGCGCAGGAAGUGCACGCCGCGCUGCGAAAGUGGUUCACCGAGAACGUUUCGGCCGACGUAUCGAACGCCAUCCGUAUCCAGUACGGCGGCUCUGUGACGGCGGCCAACUGCCGCGAGCUUGCGGCCAAGCCGGACAUUGACGGUUUCCUGGUGGGUGGUGCCUCGUUGAAGCCCGAAUUCAUCCAGAUCGUCAACGCUAGACAGUAAGGCGUCGCCGUGAUCGUCGUCGCGUACCGUUUGUAGUGCAGCGGGGAGAGAUUUACGCAAUCGCCAUCGCCGGUGUCGUCAUGUUUCGUCUUAUUUUAAGUUUCUCAUUAUACGCGUUGUACACACGCACCGCACAGGUUGUUACGUUUAAGCAUCCAAACAAAGCAUAAUCUAUUCAAUAAAAACAAACGUGUCUCAGUGGAAAUGCAUCGUCGCCGUACGAAACGGUCUA